AUGAAUCCUCAAAACAAAAUCGCCAAACACUUUCGCAGUCUCCACCAACCCGGCGACCCAAUCAUUCUUACAAAUGCCUACGACGCAGCAACCGCGACAAUAAUCGCCUCCCUGCCAACCGCCCACGCCGUCGCAACAGCCUCCUUCGCAAUUGCAUCCACCAUCGGCGUAGAUGAUACAGCACUUACCAAGACCCAAAAUUUAUCUGCGCUAAAAUCUAUCACGUCAGCCGUGCACGCCGUCAACCGCACCAAGCCCGUAACGGUGGACCUGCAGGACGGUUACGGCUCAGUGGCCGAGCUUUCCGCCACAAUCCAAGAGGUCAUCGAACUAGGUGUGGUGGGGUGUAAUAUCGAGGAUCUGGAUAGUGAGACUGGUGAAUUGAGGGCGUUGGAUGAUGCGGUGGCAAGGGUCCGGGCUGUUGUGAGGGCUGCUGCCGAGGCGGGUGUUCCAGAUUUUGUGGUUAAUGCGCGGACGGAUGUGCUUUAUCAGGAUGGAAUGGGUAUUCAGGAUGCGGUGGUGAGGGGACGGGCGUUUUUGGAAGCUGGGGCUUGUACGGUCUUUGUUUGGGGCGGGCCUGGAGGGAGGGGUGUUUCUGGUGAUGAGGUUAGGGAGUUGGUAAGAGAUUUGGGGGGCAUGGUUAAUGUGAAGUUGACUUUAGGCGAUGGGUUCUUGGAUGUGCAGCAGCUUCGCGAUCUUGGUGUCGCAAGGAUUAGUGUUGGGCCUGAGUUGUGGAAGGCAGCAAUGAAGACAUUCCAGCAGCAAGCGGAGAUCCUGUUAAGCCCAUAUUAA